AUGAAUCAAUUAUAGGAAGUAUUUAAUGAAUUCUCAUAAUUACACAAUCAGAAAUUCAAUAUAAGUGAAAUCUUAUCAUUUUUGGAUUCAAAAUGUGCUAAUGGUUAUUUUGAUAGAGAUGUAUAUUAAUAAUUGAUUGAAUAAAUUCCAUAAGGAUAAACAUCAUAAUAAUGCACUAUAAAUUAGUUAAUAAAUGUAUUUAAAAAGGCUUAGGAUGUCUUAAAUGAUAAAAUUAACAAAUGCUAACAAAUUAUAGAUUAAAAAAAUAUGUAAUUUGAUAUUUGAAUUAUGAUUAGUGAAAUUAGAGCAUAUAAUGAUAAACUUAGGUAAUCAUAAACAAAUAGUAUGAAUUCAUCAUCAAGUAAAUUGAAUGUAGAAAUUCUUGAUGCUGAAAUUUUUUAUUAAGGCAAUGGAUAAUUACAAAUUAGUUUAGAAUGUAUGUCAUCUGUAGUUUAUACAUGUAAAUAAAUAAUUGAUUUUAGAAUUGACUAAAAGGUAGAAACCUGUUUGGAAUGAAUCAUUUGAUUUGUAUUAAUAUAAUUUUAUGGGUUAGCAAUGUUAAUGAAUAAACAGUAAUGAAAUUUAUUUUAUUGGAUACAGAAUUGCAGUAAAAAAGAGGAAUAGGAGGAGUUGCUUAUAUAGAUAUUAAUACUUUUGGAGAUUAAAUGCUUCAUGAUAUUACAGUGAAUUUAACUGAUGAAAGUAAUUCUAAUAUUAGAGCCAAUUUACAUCUUAAAAUCUAAUGGAUUUUUUCAAAAGUAAUCUAUACUGAAAUUUGUAGAAUAAAUAUUUAUAAGACCUAAUAAAUGAAAAUAUGAUAUAGAUCAAUUAAUUAGAAUAGGAAAUCAAUGAUCACAUUGUUGAUUUGGAUAUCAUUAAUUCCCCAUUCAAAUAAGUAAUCAAAUUUCAAAAUAAUCUAACUAUAUCUACAUAUCAAACACAACCAAAUUAAUAAUAACAAUAAGCAGGUCCUUUAUUAAUUAGUGAAAAUUCGAUAGAUAGGUUGGUUCAGAUUUCAUUAUUAUUAAUUAUAAUUUAUUUAGUAUUUGGUUUAUUGAAUAGCAUCUAUAGAACAUUAAAUUUUGAUGUAAACUAUGUUGUUUUAUUUUAGUUUUUAGUUAUUUUCUAUUGUUUUUUAUUUUAUUAGAAAAAUUAUAGACUUCAAUCAUUACUUCACAUUAAAAUUAUAAUGGUUAUGUUGGGGGUUGCUUUAUUGAUAGAUAUUAUUUGGCUUGCUAUUUAUAGCACUGUAAAUAUUAAAUUAAAUUAAUAGCCUUAUUUAGGUGAAUUUAAUGCACAUUAUGAUCAUUUAGAAUAUGGAUUACAGAAAUAUUAAAUCAUUAUAAGUUGGUUGUUACUAUUUGUCAAAGUAAAAGUACAAUUUAAAUUAAGAUUGUUGUUUUGAUUUUUUAUGUUCACAUUUAUGCUACUUAUCCUGAUAAAUCUACCUAAGUUUAUGAUUAAUAAUGGAAUUCAAUUUUUGGAUGGAAG